AUGAACCCGUGCACCCGAGAGAGUUACGGCAGUGUGAUGCCGUCCCCGUUGUGUUCCCCUUUCGCGUCUUGGAGGGUGCUGCUUCUGGCAAGCCAACCCUUUGUCAUCAACGGGAUCAGCGCUGUGCUGCGGGCUGGUGGGUGCUCCUACAUGCACAGCUUUGUGUUCAACGGGGGGAGCCCCGGGGAUCCCGAAGAGGCGACGAAGCCCCACAUUGUCGAUCUUUCGGCAUGCGGCCUGACGAAGGAGCUGUGCGUAUCCAGCCAACUAGGGGAUGACCUUUUGAAGCAGUGCUCGCACAUUUUGGUGGAGUGCGCGACGGUUUCCGAGACCUCCACCACGGGGCACUUCAACCUACCGCCGUGGUUCCCCAACCAACUCCGAUGCCCAGCGUACUAUCCUCGCAUCUUCACACUGGAGUUGAUGUACCACUGCCUGUGUGUGAGCUCCGACGACCUGUUCGAUGCGUCUGGAGCAGUCAUCAAUGAAGCGUUGAUCAGUGAUGCAUGCCGAGUAGAGCCUUUUUCGUAG